AUGACAAUAGUUUGUUACUCGGAUUCUAUUGAAUCAAGUGUAGGUGUUGUAGUAUUUUCAAAAGUUUCACAAUGCUCUUUUAUACCAAUCUUUCGUCUAUUACACUUAAAGAUUUAA